AUGUGCACCCUCUCCGCCAUCACAAGGAUAAAGUGCAGUGACUCUGGCUUACUUAAUUCAGUAAGCAAUACUGCUGCUUCAAUGGUGGGUAAGUUAUGGGUGCCUACUGGAGCUGUUGCUGCCAUCUUCCAUAAUUCUAACUCUACUGGCUCCACUGGUUCUUGGGAUGUUAAGUCGACUAGUACAUUGCUGGAGCAUAUCUUAGUUUAUACCCCAUCAGGCUUUGUGGUUCAGCAUGAAAUCCUAUCCCCAAUGGGCCCUGAACAGAUUGAGAGUAGAACCGGAUCUUUGUCAGCCCCACAAGCUAACCCUCAAAAUGAAGAGUUAAGGGUGAAGGAUUCCAAAAUGGUUUCUCAGGAGAAUGCAAGUUCUGGUGACAAGAAACUGGCUAAGUCUGAUUCUCUGAAGUCACCUGAUAGAUCUCACUGGUAUUUGUCAAAUGCAGAAGUACAAAUGAACUCUGGCAGGUUACCAUUAUGGCAAAAGUCAAAGAUGCAUUUCCACGUAAUGGACUCUCCAAUCGAAGAAUGUGGUCCAGGUGGGGAGUACGAAAUUGAGAAGGCUUCGUCACAUGAGCUUGAGAUAAGGCACAAAGAUUUGUUGCCAAUAAUUGACAAUUUUCCUAGAGCAACAAGAUCUGGCUGGAUUGACAGUUCUAUACCUUCUGACGGGAAACAUCUUAGUGAUUCCGGGAAUAGUGAUCAAACUAAAGAAAAGACUGAUGGAGCAAGUAUUAUUUCUCAUUCCAAGCCGCCCUCUUUUAGCUCUACAGAAAGCUCAGAAGGAGGGUCAUCCAGACGAAUGGAGAAUUUGCUUGGUUUGGAUCACAUGGCCAUUGAUAGACCUCAGACUCUUGGUGGUCAUGCUGAGGAUAAGACCGGUCUCAAGGGGGGGUCUAGGGCAAUUAUUUCAUACCCUUCACAAAACACUUGCAACAGAAAUCUUCUUGUUGAUAAUGCUGCAAUCAGUAGGUCAUCAUCAUUGGGGAAUGAGAUGCAGUCGCUGCAUAUUGACAAUCCCAACUCAGACGCAGACAUCGUUAUACCUUCGAGGAUCAAAUCAACUGUAGAUUUUGGUCCGUUAUUUAAGGAGGGAUACUAUAACAAACCAGAGCUCCUCGAUCGUUGCCAGUCAACUGAGGUUAUUACCCAUGAAGCAAAGGGUGGUGAUGACACCCCUGAGGAGAAGUUGGAAGAUGAGGAAGGGCCUCAAGAGGAAGGUUGGAUUAAUGGGAUGUUUGAUUUCUCUGAAGAAGGUAAGACUGCUAGAAAAUCGAAGCUGCAGACAUCCUUGAUGCCUUUCUUGUGCUGAUGUUAAAUGUGUUUCUCUGUGUUAAUCGCAUGGUAUGUAUACUGUUGUAAAUAUAAAAUUCUUGCUGUUUCUGGAGAAGGGUUGAUAUAAGAAGAUGAAUUUGGGGAUAUGGUUUUCUACGUUUGCUGUAUUAUCGAUGUUUUUGAUCGACCGAUCUUUUGUACAGAUGACAUAACCCAGUUCCAAUUUGUAUAAAAUUUAUUUUCCAUGAAAAGAAAAAAGAAUGAAAUGGAAUUACAGAAAAGUAUUGGAAUCAA